AUGGACCCGCACCACCCACAACCCCCACCCGCUACUUCUACCCAGCCACCACCAGCAGCAGGGCCGAGCAGACAGACAGCUGAAGGACAGGGCCCUGAGGUUGUGUCUUCCCACGGAGAGGGGCAGCAACUAGCGCCUGGCCUCGCCACCAUCCGCGAAAACUCACCGCUGCCCCCAGUCGACCUCACCCCCGACGAGCCCGAGCCCGACGACACUACUGCACCCGCUCCCCAUUCUGCCCACGCGAGCUCGUCCGACUCCCCGCCACGCGUGCGCACGUCCUUCCUCGGGCCCCGCACCGCCGCGGACCCCGCGUCCAGCGAGGAGUCCGGGGGCCACGGCCACGUGUACCGCUCCGACUCGGCGCGGUCCCCGGUCACGCCCCAAGGCUUCUACACCGCCCGCUCCACCCCGCCCCCGCCGCCGCCGGCCACAGGCGUGACCCGGUCCAACACGCGGCACGCCUACGCGCAGUCGCAGCCGACCCUCGAGCGCGAGACCCGCCGCCGGUCACUCAACCUCGCCGAGGAGCACCAGCACACGUCCGGGCAGAGCCGGCCGGUCCUCGGGCGCGCGGGGUCCGAGCCCGGGCCGGCGUACCCCGCGGCGGCGGGCACGGGCAGCAGCAGGGACAGCCCGCCGCGGCCGAUCCUGCGCGAGGGCCGGGAGAGCCGGCCCGUGACGUGGGUGCGCACCGCGUCGCCCGAGCGCAUCGACGUCGAGCCGCCGCCGUCCGCGCCCGCCGCCGGGUCCCCCCGCAUAUUUAAUACCCCCGCGCCGUACGCGAUCGCGGUCCCGCCCGGCCCGCCGCCGGGCAAUGGGGCGGUCCCGAAUGGGGGUGGAGGAGGCGGGGGCCCGCCGCCGCAGCCGCCGCCGAAGCCGAUGUCGGAGUAUCGGAGGAACACGGCGAAUACGACCGCGAGUACGCGGCCGCGGUCCGAGCUCGACUGGAUCGUUCCCGUGCGCGAGCCGCGCCCCAAAACGGUGGAGGAGCGGCUGCGGCCGACGAUCGAGACGGCGCAGAAGGAGCGCAGGGAGUGCAAGACGCGCGCGACGCUCACCGGAUACGGGCUCAACGCCGCGAUCGGCCUGCAAGUCGUCUUCGGCGCGCUCACGACGGGGCUGUCCGCCGCGCUGUCCGGGCACAAGAUCAGCAUCAUGACGGCGGUGCUCGGCGGGAUGUCGACGAUCGUCGCGUCGUACCUCGCGCGCGUGCGCGGCUCGCACGAGCCCGAGCACAGCAUCGCGCGCGGGAAGGACCUCGACGCGUUCAUCCGCGACUGCGAGGUGUUCGUGCUCGACCAUGGCCACACCGUCGGCGCGGAGCUGGAUGACAAGGUGAAGGCGUUCCGGGAUAGGUUCGAGGAGCUGAUGAGCACCGAGGGGAGGGUGUAG